GUGUGUAUAAGCUGUUAUAUGGUUUUGUCUUUGUAAAGCUUUCCGUUCCCAGAUUAAGCAUCUCUGUCUCUCUCUCUUAUUUAUUGGCUUACGGGUCACCUUGUGUUUCAUUAGAACUAGGGAUCCUGAUUUUCUUUUUUCUCCUCAUUUGGGUUCUGACCCAUUAAUCUUGUCUGUUCAUUGUUUAUUGGGUGUCUGUUUGUUUCGUGGGAAAAGAUCUGAGAAAAAAUAUUUUUGGGAAAGAAGAGAUGGGUGUUGAUAUGAGGCAAGUGGUGGCUGGGAUACUUACAUUGACAAUGUUUGUGAUGCUCGGCAACAUGAUUAAAAGAGACCAUUUUGAUUCUGCUGUUGGUGAAACAUUCCCAGGAGAUCGGCAUGUUAAUUUAGAUAAUGCCAAGAUUGCAAAGCAGGUUGUUACUUUUCCAGAAAAGAGUGUGGUGCCCUGGAAAGAUGACGGUCUAGAACUAAAAGCAUGUUGGUCUAAGCCGGGUUUAGAUGGUGUUGAGCAGACAAAUGGAUUUGUCGUAUUCUCAUUAACAAAUGGCCCUGAAUACCAUGUUUCUCAGAUUGCUGACGCGGUGGUAGUGGCGAGAUCUCUAGGAGCAACCCUCGUAGUUCCAGACAUUCGAGGAAACAAACCUGGUGACCAGAGGAGUUUUGAAGAAAUUUAUGAUGUUGAGAAGUUUUUGAAGAGCCUGGAGGGAGUGGUCAGAGUGACAAAAAAUCCUCCUGCUAAGUUAUCAACAAGGAAUCUUGCUGUUGUGAGGGUCCCUAAUAGGGUUACAGAAGAUUAUAUUACAGAACAUAUUGAACCAAUUUACAGAAAUAAGGGAACUAUUAAGUUGGUUACUUACUUUCCUUCUGUAAACAUGAAAAAGGCAGACAAAGAGAGUCCCAGUGAUUCAGUUGCAUGUUUGGCAAUGUUUGGAACUUUAGAGUUGCAACCAGAGAUUCAAGAAGUAGUUGACUCAAUGGUUGAGCGUCUAAGAACUUUGAGUCGAAAGUCAGAUGGCCAAUUCGUUGCAGUGGACUUGAGGCUUGAAAUGUUGGAGCAUAAGGGUUGCCGAGGAGAUGGUGAAUCUGGAGCAAAAAGUUGUUACAGCGCAGACGAGAUCGGUACCUUUUUGACUAAACUUGGAUUUAGUAAGGAUACCACAAUCUAUUUGACUGAAACUAAGUGGGACAGCAGCUUAGACUACUUAAAAGAUGUCUUUCCCAAAACUUAUAUAAAGGACGGGAUUAUACCAGCAGAUAAGAAAGCAAAGAUCUUGGAUUCAGAUACUACUGAAUUCGAGAAAGUUGUCGACUUCUACGUGUGUUCACAGAGCGAUGUAUUUGUUCCUGCAAUCUCUGGCCUGUUCUAUUCAAAUGUUGCCGGUAAGAGAAUUGCUUCCGGCAAGACCCAGAUAAUUGUUCCGGCUGAUAUAUCCCAAUCCUCGGCCUCAUUUGCGGAUUUCAUCACUCAUUAUGUGACGAAGAAGAACCAUUUGGCGUACUCGUGCUUCUGCUAGUUCCUAUGGCGUGAGAAAACCCGCGAAAAAGAGUUGAAUAUGGAUUAGCAAAGACAGCUCAGCUCACUACCUUAAAACAUGGCAGCUGAGAAGAUAGAAAAGGGUUGACUGUAUAAUGUAUCAUUUGGGUUUUGCAGAAAGAAACGUAUGAAGUUCCUCUGUGAAGGUGAUUGUUAGAGACUGCUUUUUUGAUGGAAGAAGUUGCCAUCCUAUCAUGGUUAAUAUAUUGUUUAAUACGAUUUGAAGACCCUUUUUUUUUCUUUCUUUUCUUUAUUUACAUUAAUUCUUUGUAAUGUCGCUGGUUGGCUUUCAAUUUUGGUUAAAACAAGAUCAUAGUUUGUGGCAACAUGUGAUGAAUGUCCAAUUCUCUUAUCUAAUAUCAUUCAACUGGUUUUUCACAUUA